AUGGAUGAACGAAGGGUUGUACUGUCUGAAGAAAUGUGCUUCCUGGAAAAGGAUUACAUUGACCUUUUGGCUAUGUGUACAGGUAGGAAGAAUAGAAACCUUGAUAUAAUCUGCAUCCUUUAUACUUUACUAGAAAUGUUCAGCAAACUCAUUUGUUUUUAUAUUACAGUCGAAAUAACGGUAACACCUUCAUGGGAAACUGUGCUUAAUACAUCAGCAAGAAGCAAACCUUCUGUCUUCACACUAACAGGACCCAAAGGAACACACAGCACAUCUAUAAAUUCAAAUGUUCAGCUUCAAAAGCUAUCUUCUUCAUCUACUUCAUCUACUUCACAGACAAAUGAUGAAACUAAUAGAAUAGGAAAGAGACUACAAAGAUCUGCCAAACUUUUACGUGGAAAUAAGCAAAAUCAAACAAGAAAUGUACAGCCUCCUCUAGUUCGAGGUUUAAAUUCUAUUCAUUCAGCUCCCAGUGCACGUGGCAGCCCUGGAAAACCUGAAACUGCCUCUACAAAUGCUGUAUCCACAGCAGAUAUCAAAGCUGACACAACAAAUUUUAAUAAUACUACAAAACCGAUGCCAAUAUCUACUUCUAUAGCUACACCGUUAUGGACUUUGACCUAUGCUACUCCAACAUCAGAAUCUACAUCUACUUCUAUACCAGUAAGAACAAUCUCACAUGUUUCUUCAUCAUUACCAACACCUUUGCCUGCUUCUAUGGCUACACCAGAAUUAACAUCUACACAUGACUCUGCAACAACACUGAUAUCUGCAUCAACUUCUAUACCAAUGAAAAUGAGUGAUCAUGUUUUUCCAACACCUUUUUCAGCAAAACCAAAUUCAACACAUAUUUCAUCAACCGAACCAACUCCUAUGUUUACAAGAACACCAAAAUCAUCUACAUUUGUUUCUUCAAUGGAUUCAACAUCUACUUCUACAAAAACACCAAUAUUAACAUCUACACAUGUCUCUUCAAUGGAUUUAACUGCCACAGCAUCAUCAAAAUUAGUACAUGCACAUCUUUCUUCAACAGACUCAACAUCAUCCUCUGCAUCAACACCUAUAUCAACAUGUGUUUCAACAGAACCAACAACUAUUUCUGCAACAACACCAACAUCUACACAUGUUUCUUCAAUUGAUUCAACAUCUACUUCCACAGCAACAUUGGUAUCAACAGUUUUAUCUUCAGCAGAACCAACAUCCAUCUCUACAGUAACACCAAUUUCAACAUAUGUUUCUUCAAUAGAAUUAAUAUCUACUUCUACAGCUAAACAGAAUUCAGAAUCUACACAUGUUUCUUCAAUGGACUCAACAUCUACAACACCAAUAUCAACAACAUCAGAGACAUCAGAAACACCUAAACAAAGCAUUUUACUAUCUGCAGAAUCUACUUUAGCAACACCAAUAUUAUCUUCAACACGUGUUUCUUCAACAGACUCAACAUCUUCUUCUAAAAAAAAUCAAAUAUCAUCUUUUAUUUCUUCAACUGAACCAACCUCUAAUUCUAAAUCAACACCUAUAGCAACAACAAUGCUUGUUUCUUCAACAGAUUUAACAUCUGCUUCUAAAACAACACCAAUAUCAACAUUGGUUUCAUCAAUGGACUUAAUAUCUACUGCUAAAACAAUACCAAUAUCAACAACUGUUUCUUCAAUAGAACCUUUAUCUUUUUCUACUGUAAAACCAAUCUUAACUUCUACACCUGUAUCUAUCAUGGACUCAAAAUCUACAACUCAAAUAUCAACAGCAGAGAUAUCUGAAUCAGCAAAUCCGAUAACAACAUCUGCACGUGAUCCUUCAACAGACUUAACAUCCUCUUCUACGGCAACACUGAUAUUAACGUAUGCUACCUCAAAAGAACCAAUAUCUACUGCAACAACACCAAUGUCAACUACGCAUGACUCUUAUACAGAUCUAACAUCUACUUCAACAGCAACAUCUGUAAUAACAUCUACACAUGUUCCUUCAACAGACUCAAUAUCUACUUCUACAGUAGCAGUGAUAUCAACAGAUUUUUCUUCAGCUGAACCAACGUCCACUGCUACAGCAACACCAAUUUCUACAGAUGUUUCUUCAAUAGAACCAACAUCUGCUUCUAAAACAACACCAAUAUCAACAUUGGUUUCAUCAAUGGACUUAACAUCUACUGCUAAAACAAUACCAAUAUCAACAUCUGUUUCUUCAAUAAUACCUAUAUCUUUUUCUACCGUAAAACCAAUUUUAACUUCUACACCUGUAUCUAUCAUGGACUCAAAAUCUACACCUCAAAUAUCAACAGCAGAAAUAUCUGAAUCAGCAAAUCCGAUAACAACAUCUGCACGUGAUCCUUCAACAGACUUAACAUCCUCUUCUACAGCAACACUGAUAUUAACGUAUGCUACCUCAAAAGAACCAAUAUCUACUGCAACAACACCAAUAUCAUCUACGCAUUACUCUUAUACAGAUCUAACAUCUACUUCAACAGAAACAUCUGUAUUAACAUCUACACAUGUUCCUUCAACAGACUCAAUAUCUACUUCUACUUCUACAGUAGCAGUGAUAUCAAAAGAUUUUUCUUCAACUGAACCAACAUCCACUGCUACAGCAACACCAAUUUCAACAUAUGCUUCUUCAAUAGAAACAAUAUCGACUUCUACAGCAACACCGAUUUCAGCAUCUGCACAUGUUUUUUCAACAGACUCAAUAUCUACUUCUACAGGAGCAGUGAUAUCAACAGAUUUUUCUUCAGCUGAACCAACGUCCACUGCUACAGCAACACCAAUUUCUACAGAUGCUUCUUCAAUAGAACCAACACCUGCUUCUACAACAACACCAAUAUCAACAUUUGUUUCAUCAAUGGACUUAACAUCUACUGCUAAAACAACACCACAUGUUCCUUCAACAGAUUCAACAUCUACUUCAACACCAAUAUUGAUACCAACAGUUUUUUCUUCAGCAGAACCAACAUCCACUGCUACAGCAACACCAAUUUCAACAUAUGCUUCUUCAAUAGAAACAAUAUCUACUUCUACAGCAACACCGAUUUCAGCAUCUACACAUGUUUUUUCAACAGACUCAAUAUCUACUUCUACAGGAGCAGUGAUAUCAACAGAUUUUUCUUCAGCUGAACCAACAUCCACUGCUACAGCAACGCCAAUUUCUUCAGAUGCUUCUUCAAUAGAACCAACACCUGCUUCUACAACAACACCAAUAUCAACAUUUGUUUCAUCAAUGGACUUAACAUCUACUGCUAAAACAACACCACAUGUUCCUUCAACAGAUUCAACAUCUACUUCAACACCAAUAUUGAUACCAACAGUUUUUUCUUCAGCAGAACCAACAUCCACUGCUACAGCAACACCAAUUUCAACAUAUGCUUCUUCAAUAGAAACAAUAUCUACUUCUACAGCAACACCGAUUUCAGCAUCUACACAUGUUUUUUCAACAGACUCAAUAUCUACUUCUACAGGAGCAGUGAUAUCAACAGAGUUUUCUUCAGUUGAACCAACGUCCACUGCUACAGCAACACCAAUUUCUACAGAUGUUUCUUCAAUAGAACCAACAACUGCUUCUAUAACAACACCAAUAUCAACAUUGGUUUCAUCAAUGAACUUAACAUCUACUGCUAAAAUAUCACCACUAUCAACAUCUGUUUCUUCAAUAGAACCUAUAUCUAUUUUUACUGUAACACCAAUCUUAACUUCUACACCUGUAUCUAUCAUGGACUCAAAAUCUACAACUCAAAUAUCAACAGCAGAGAUAUCUGAAUCAGCAAAUCUGAUAACAACAUCUGCACGUGAUCCUUCAACAGACUUAACAUCCUCUUCUACGGCAACACUGAUAUUAACGUAUUAUACCUCAAAAGAACCAAUAUCUACUGCAACAACACCAAUAUCAUCUACGCAUGACUCUUAUACAGAUAUAACAUCUAGUUCAACAGCAACAUCUGUAUUAACAUCUACACAUGUUCCUUCAACAGACUCAAUAUCUACUUCUACUUCUACAGUAGCAGUGAUAUCAACAGAUUUUUUUUCAGCUGAACCAACAUCCACUGCUACAGCACCACCAAUUUCAACAUAUGCGUCUUCAAUAGAACCAAUAUCUACUUCUACAGCUACACCGAUUUCAGCAUCUACACAUGUUUUUUCAACAGACUCAAUAUCUACUUCUACAGGAGCAGUGAUAUCAACAGAGUUUUCUUCAGUUGAACCAACGUCCACUGCUACAGCAACACCAAUUUCUACAGAUGUUUCUUCAAUAGAACCAACACCUGCUUCUAUAACAACACCAAUAUCAACAUUGGUUUCCUCAAUGAACUUAACAUCUACUGUUAAAAUAUCACCAAUAUCAACAUCUGUUUCUUCAAUAGAACCUGUAUCUAUUUAUACUGUAUCACCAAUUUUAACUUCUACACCUGUACCCAUCAUGGACACAAAAUCUACAACUCAAAUAUCAACAGAAGAGAUAUCUGAAACUGCAAACCUGAUAACAACAUCUGCACAUAAUCCUUCAACAGACUUAACAUCCUCUUCUACAGCAACACUGAUGUUAACGUAUGCUACCUCAAAAGAACCAAUAUCUACUGCAACAACAGCAAUAUCAUCUACGCAUGACUCUUAUACAGAUCUAACAUCUACUUCAACAGCAACACUGACUUUAACAUCUACACAUGUUCCUUCAACAGACUCAAUAUCUACUUCUACUUCUACACACCACCAAUUUCAACAUAUGCUUCUUCAAUAG